GGUCAGAAUUAGAAGCAGGGUGCAAGAUGCACCCAAAUAACAAUCAAGUACCAGGUGUCUGUUCCUCAUGCUUAAGAGACAAACUCUUAAAACUCUCCUCCAACAAUGAACCAGCUUUGUCUACUUUCUCUUCUUCAUUAAAUUACGAGUCUCCGGCUUAUCGCAGACGCCACCGGCGGCACACUUCUAAUGUGGUGGACCCUGUUUCUUCCAUGAUUAGCUUUGAUUAUGGGUUGAAGAAGAGCAAUUCAAUUGCCUUUGCUUCAACAAGUUUCGCCAGGGAUAGGGAAGUCAAUGGAAGCAACAGAGGAAGUAAGAAAGGUAGCAUUUGGUCCAAGCUGCUCAAAUUGACCAGAAAGAACACCAAGGAACCCUUCAUGCAUUCCACAACCUCAAGGGAUGGAAAGAGUUAA